AUGGUUCGUCCUUGUUUCCACAAGCUGGUUCUCCCCAUCAUUCUUCAGUCCAGACAACUGAAGCAUUCCAUUCCAAACACAAGAGCAUAUGAAUCUCCGCUUUCCUCAUUCCCAUCUGGCAUAUCUGGAAAAAAGCGUAAUGAGAGAGUUUCGACCCCUCUUCUUCUUCUCCCUUCGGACAAACCGGGCACUACGGUGAGACGUGAAAACACCCGAUCCCAUUCCGACCUCGACAUGUGGAAUCGUCUUGCGUCAUAUGUACCGAAAUUGUUCGGGGGACAUGGUAAAAGCUGGGAAGAGAAGAAAGACAAAGUGCAUUUGGCACAAGUCCAAAUAGAAAGGGCCAUUGAGAAAGCUCUGCGUCUCCGACGGAAAUACGAGUCUUAUGUGGAAGAAGUCCAAUUUGGGACCCCCUUUCUAUGCGAGAGCCAGCCAUAUCAAGAUCUUAUCCAUGCCAUCUCUUCUUCCCACCUCUUUUUAACCAAGGCUGCGUCCUGUAGGGUCCUAUUUCCGGCUCUCUAUCUAGAGCUAAAGCUUCAACCUUCAACAACUGCUAUUGCUGUGUGUACCAACCCCAUGACAAUGGCAACGGUGAGGGGAACUCCUUUGUAUUCUUCUAUAACUCUGUUCCGCCGAAGCUUUGCCCGUUUCCGAAAUCUUACCCUGGAGACCAAACAAGGGUAUCAUGAUCAUUCCACCAAAAACCUCGAUGCUAAUGAUUGCAACUUAAUCCUUGAAAUUUGUAGGAUUACUAGAACAAAGCCCCGUUGGGAGGACACCCUCCUUUCCCUGUAUCCAUCUAUCAAUUUUUCUGACCCCUCUUUAUUCCUCCUUUAUCUUAACCACUAG